CUCCUGGCCCCCCACCGCUCUUUCUCCAGGCACCCCGCACAUAAAUCAUGGGUGGGAGGCCGGCUUGGUUCCCCCUGCACGGGGAAGCGGCUGCCCCCUCCCUUGCUCACACGGGGUUUUGCGGCAGUGGUGGCAGCUGCCACUGAUUCGGGCACUGGGGAAGCAAUUGAUUCGUCUACUGCCAGCAGCCCGGAGUUGCCUACGUGGACGCAGACAGACGACAGAGAGAAAGAGAAAGAAAGAGGAAGAGGGGGUGGGGGGAGAGGGCUCCGAACGAAAACCAUCAUCCCUGUGGAGGGCAGACUGAGGGAGCCACUGCCUUUGCCUUGUCCACUGACUGGUCUGAGUUUUCUCUUCUUCUGGCAGUGGCACCUCCAGUGAGCUUUCAAACCAAGUCAUCGGGAGUUAGUAUCUUCCCACCCCGGCAGGGAAGGGAAGAGUUGGCAAGAAUUUGGCUCACCCAUUCCCUCUGCAAUCCUCUGGUGUGGAGGUGCUGGGAGCUGUUAGCCUGUCUAGGCCUGGAGGGGCUGGAAGGGAACACCUGUGGACCCAGAAGAGAAAGGAUUGUAUGGAGGAGUCCUCCGGACAGGAGCUGUGAUCCCCAGCAGCCAGCUCAUGGAGCACCAAACUCCCGCCAUGACUGACACCGUAUUCAGCAACAGCUCUAGCCGUUGGAUGUGUCCCAGCGACCGACCUCUGCAGUCAAAUGAUAAAGAACAGCUCCAGGCAGGCUGGUCCGUCCAUCCCAGCAGUCAGCCCGACAGACAGAGGAAGCAGGAAGAGCUGACAGAUGAGGAGAAGGAAAUCAUCAACAGAGUCAUCGCUCGAGCUGAGAAAAUGGAAGAGAUGGAGCAGGAGCGAAUUGGGCGCCUGGUGGACCGUCUGGAGAACAUGAGGAAGAAUGUGGCCGGGGAUGGGGUGAACCGCUGCAUCCUGUGUGGAGAACAGCUGGGGAUGCUGGGCUCCGCCUGUGUGGUGUGUGAGGACUGUAAGAAGAAUGUCUGCACCAAGUGUGGAGUGGAGACCUCCAAUAACCGCCCGCAUCCCGUGUGGUUAUGCCAAAUCUGCCUGGAGCAGAGAGAGGUGUGGAAGCGAUCCGGAGCAUGGUUCUUCAAGGGCUUCCCCAAACAGGUCCUCCCACAGCCUAUGCCCAUAAAGAAGACCAAGCCCCAGCAACCUGUCACUGAACCUGCUGUUCCUGAGCAGGUCACACCUGAGCCCAAGCAUGCGGCCCGGGUUCCGAGCCGAGGUGACACUGAAGACAGGAGGGGCCCAGGUCAGAAAACAGGUCCUGAACCAGCCUCCGCACCCGGGCGAGGAAGCUAUGGGCCUCCUGUGCGCAGGGCCUCCGAGGCACGCAUGAGCUCAACCAGCCGGGACUCAGAGAGCUGGGACCACGGCCACGGUGGGGCUGCCGGCGACUCCAGCCGGAACCCAGCAGGUUUGCGACGGGCCAACUCCGUGCAGGCCUCCAGACCCGCCCCGGCCACCAUGCAGAGCCCCGCGCCACCCCAGGCCGCACAGCCAGGGCCUCCAGGAGGCAGCAAAUCCGGCACUGGACCCGCAGGACGCUUUCCAGAUCAGAGACCAGAGGUGGCUCCCGGUGACUCUGGCUAUGCCGGGGCCACUGCCCCACCCCGGGAGGAGAGAACAGGGGGAGUUGGGGGCUACUCAGCAGUUGGCGCCAGGGACGACCGAGCGGGCCCCCCACUGGGCCCCUAUUCCCAAGCCUCUGCUGCUGCCCCCCAGCCUGCCGUGGCCCCUGCCCGCCAGCCCCCACCCCCAGAGGAGGAGGAGGAAGAAGCCAACAGCUACGAUUCGGAUGAAGCAACCACCCUGGGUGCCCUGGAGUUCAGCCUUCUCUACGACCAGGACAAUAGCUCCCUGCACUGCACCAUCAUAAAAGCCAAAGGACUGAAGCCCAUGGAUUCCAACGGCUUGGCAGAUCCCUACGUGAAGCUGCAUCUCCUGCCGGGAGCCAGCAAGUCCAACAAGCUUCGUACGAAAACUCUGAGGAACACCCGGAACCCCGUCUGGAAUGAGACCCUUGUCUAUCACGGCAUCACAGACGACGACAUGCAGAGGAAGACGCUCAGGAUCUCUGUCUGUGAUGAGGACAAAUUUGGCCAUAACGAGUUUAUCGGUGAGACCAGAUUUUCACUCAAGAAACUGAAGCCCAACCAGAAGAAGAACUUUAAUAUCUGUCUGGAGCGGGUGAUCCCGAUGAAGCGUGCUGGAACCACUGGGUCAGCCCGAGGCAUGGCCCUUUAUGAGGAGGAGCAGGUGGAACGUAUUGGUGACAUAGAGGAACGUGGCAAGAUCCUGGUGUCCCUCAUGUACAGCACACAGCAGGGAGGCCUCAUCGUGGGCAUCAUACGCUGCGUGCACCUGGCCGCCAUGGACGCCAACGGCUACUCAGAUCCAUUCGUCAAGCUCUGGCUGAAACCGGACAUGGGAAAGAAGGCCAAACACAAGACUCAAAUAAAGAAGAAGACCUUGAACCCUGAGUUUAAUGAGGAGUUUUUCUAUGACAUCAAACAUAGUGACCUGGCGAAGAAGUCCUUGGACAUCUCGGUCUGGGACUAUGACAUCGGCAAGUCCAACGAUUACAUCGGAGGCUGCCAGCUGGGGAUCUCGGCCAAGGGAGAACGCUUGAAACACUGGUACGAGUGUCUGAAAAACAAGGACAAGAAGAUUGAGCGCUGGCACCAGCUACAGAACGAGAACCACGUGUCGAGCGAUUAGGAUGGGCCCCCAGGUCCCCAGCUCCAUGCCCCACCCCCAUGCCAGGUCACCCGCCAGCCUGACCCUGCCGCCCUUCGCACUCUGGCCUCUCUCCUCUCUGCCUCCCCCACCCCCCUCCCUCCCCAAGCCUACCUUUGAGGUGCCCCCUGACCUUGGGCACUGCUGCCAAAGACCUUUCUCCUCCGUCUGCGAUGCUGUGCUGCGGGGCCUGACUGCAGCCUCUCUCUGGUCCCUCCAGGAGGGAGAGGAAGGUGGAGAUUUGUACAAGGAGGCUGGAAUUUAACAACCUUUCUGUCUGGGGAAACUGCAAAGGUUCUUCAUCAUUUAGGACUGUUUUUAGAACCUCCUGGCCUUGAAAACACACACACACACACACACACACACACACACCCUGCGUUUCCUGGGUCGUGUCUGCGUAUACCCUGGAACCAGGCUGCGAGGGCCAGCACUGGGGCAGAGAUAGAACCUCCAGGCCUCUGCUGCCCCUCCACGCCACACACCCCGAUUGCCAGGAAGACAGACCACCGAGCUUAAACUCCCCGGUGACUAGGAACAGACUCUCCUGGCCCCAAAUGCAUCCAGACGUGGACAUGCAGAACACACAAAGGGGCUUGGUAGCCCCGUCUUUCAGGAUGCCUCCUCUGUUUGCUUCCGAGCAGAACCCAACACCCUUUAGUGUCCCCCCCGCCCUCCCCCUCCCCAUCCUGCCCUCCUCCCUCCCUAACCCUACAUUGCGUCAAACUCUCUCUCCUCCUCACCCUCCUCUCUCCCUGUCCGUCUCUCCCCCCCCCCCCCCGUCUCCCGCCCCCGUCUCCUUGUCCUCUUUCUAAGGGGGUUCAAUAGCAACAGCAAAAAAUACCUUAAGCCAGCCUCGCCCCCUCCCCAGCUUGGCCAGCAAACUCAAACUGGCCCCCCCCCUUGGAGUUCCAGUUAGGCCCGUGUGCUUCUCAACCCCUGCCCGUGUCUCCUGGUGGCAGAACCAGGGGCCCCCCGCCCCCCUGCUGGGCGUGCUGCUGGUGCUGUCCCAGGUGCAUGGUGGCCUCCCGCCAGCUGUGUAGACGCCCCUUAGUGGGCUUUCCUCGGCUCCUGGGCUCCCCAAGUAGGUGCAAAAGGCAGUUAGAAACCAGAGCUCUGGGUCUGGGUGGGGGCGGGGCUCUCCAAAGCCCCCAGCCUUCCCCCUCCCUCUGCUCUUAGUUAAGUAAACACUCUGCUCUGUCCGUCCCUCACCCUCUCUGCUUCUCUGAAUCCCCAAGCCCUGUCUCUCAUGCAGAAUCACCUUGAAUGUCUCUGUCCAUGAUGCUGUCUCAGUCUGUCUGUCUCCUGCACCCUUUCACCAAGUUUGUCGGGAGCAUAAGAUACCAUCGUGAAUGUGCAGCUUCGGAGAGUGACAGGUCCUGAUGCCAAAGGCCAUAGUUCCAUCAUGAAUCAUUUGGGCUCUCUUCCCCCCAAAUUAAAAAAAAAAAAAAAGUAAAAAAGAAGAAAAGGCGAUGAGAAUCAAUGUUACAAAUGUGAGGCGGGGGUCAGGGCGUCUUCCCCGCCCCGUGAGAAAGGCUUGUUUUUUCGCCGGUUUCCUUGGUCUUCCCCAUGAAAAUCACAUCCCUCUGUCUGACAGCCCGUUGUCUAGAGACGUCAUCAGAUGGACACGCAAACUCUCACUUUCUCCAAACGCACCUUUUAACCUUUCUCAGUCAAGGCCCCCGCCCUCAGCUCCCUGCGCAACUCAUCGGAAGACUCUGAUUUCUUGCCUUGAAUAACCAUCUUCCAAACACCAAGCUCUUCGCCUUCCCCAAGAUGGCCAAUGGCUUCCAGGCUGCCAUCUUGCCCCCCAACCCUGUCCCUCUGUCAGUCCCCGUGGCGUCCACUCUCGGCCCACCUCCUUCCCACGGUUCACCCCGAGGAGAAAGCAUGCUAGCUGCACUGCUCAAGCCUGACGCUGGUGUUGGCGCUGGAAUCAGCAUGCAGCAAGCUCACGGUGUCCCCGGACCGGGCACCUGCUGUCCAUGAUAAGUGUAACCCCUCCCUGCCUAGAAUACACACAUGCCCUCCAGUGCAUGCCGAACCGCCCACUGCCUUUCUUUGUGAUGAUGUAGCCAAAAAUAAAGUAGGAAUAUC